AUGCUGCGUCAGGCCGAAACUCGGUAACGGGUUGUUAUGGCCACAUAAGUAAGUAAGCUAACGAUAUUACUUGCGAAAAAAAACGUUGUUUUCGCUUCCAUCCCAUAAAAUAGAAUGAAAUUUUGCAUGUAAGCCGACAAAAAACCGAUUGUAAACGAAAAAACACGAGCAAUUUUGACGAAAAACCAAAAUAUUCUGAAUUCCAUUCAAUUCGUUGUCAACACUGCAAAUAUUGCAAUUACAUAUCAGAUGUGGCACAAAUUUCGCAUUUCAACAGAUAAGUUGUACGACCAAAUCUGAUGUGUAAUACACACUUAACGUAUAGAUCACGCUUUUAUAGAUCUUAUGUAGCAUGAAAGUGACAAUAUAAUUAAAUAAUUAUCAGAAGGCAGCCUUAUUUCUUGCUAAGAGAGAGAGCUGCUGCAGUAAGUGCACAGAACGAUUGCACAAGUAAGCAACACAUCGCAGUCAAUUAAUAAAAACGACGAGCAGAAGUUGAAAUGAAAACAGUCUUAAUUUCGUCUUUACUAAAGGAAAAGCAUUGAUACCUUCUAUAUCAGUGUGUUAAAAGAAACAAAGUGAAUUUAUUAAAAUCAAGGAUUCUAGCGAUUUACAAACUCUGAAUAUAAGUGAAAGCUGUAAAAACAUCAUUAAAAAUUUCACAAAUUGAAUCUGAAAAAAUGCAGAUGUUUGCCACCAUUUUGGUAUUCUGUCUAUGCGCUUAUGUGUACGCAAACAGUCAUGAACCGGAGGGGAACUGCUUUAUUUCUUUAGAAAAAACAUGCUCCGGAAAAUUGCCUAUAUACCCCAACAUGGUUAAAAAUUGCAAUGCGUCGUUAACUAAUUACACUACAACGCAGGUAUAUGAUUAUGUCGGGGACUUGCUUUAUAGUUCAUAUGUGUACCUAUACAUGACUACAAGUUUCCGUGCACAAAAUUAUCGUCCUGGAUUCCAGAAGCUAUACCAAGAACUAUCAGAUAAGCAUUUUGACGAGGCAAUUGAUUUAAUAAAACAUAUUACUGAAAGAGGUGGUUCUAUCAAUAUUAUGAAGUUGAAUGCAAUAACUAAAAAUUAUAACGAAUAUCAUAAAGAUGAUGAACUGCUUUCUUUGGGUUUUGCAUUGGACAUAGAAAAGGAACUGUUUAAGGAGGCUGCAGAUAUUCACAAUGGCGGUGAAGUUAAGUUUCACACUUUUUAUAAAUCAGUUGAUCCGGAAAUUGCUCAUUACUUUGGAGAAAAAUUCUUGGGUUCUCAAGCAGAAACUGUGCGUAAAUUAUCUGGUUAUGUAAAUGAUUUAUUUCAAAUAAUGCAUAACGGAGACAAGAAAGAGCUGGGCGUUUAUAUGUUUGAUGAGUAUUUGCAAAAGCAGUAAAUUCA